ACACGACCUCAGUUCUGCAAGGACAGCCAGCGUGAAUCGCCUCGGUUAUCAAAUAACUUCCGUAGCGUCCACUUCCAAGUCAAUCGCGCCCAAUUAGACUGAAUAAGACAUAAAAAACCAAUUGCUCAAGGUAAUCGUCCCAAUGGUGACAUGAGAGAGUCCGUCUUUUCCCCCCAAAAAAUUGGUAAAAUGCUAAAGCCCCAUGUUUUGUUUAUCUAUUACCAAAAUUAAUCAAUCGUGGCGGGUGCGUUUGAGGGAGGGAAUUUCACUCGUCAUAAAAAGACGCAAAAACUAUAGAAUAAUGACAUUCGGCCUAGAGAACCUCGGACUAGUUGCAUGGAUCUUUGUGAUUAUAAUUUUUUUGAUAUGCUGCUCGGCAUUCUUCAUGUGCUGUAUCGAGAGUGAAGAGGAUUUUAUGACAUCUUCUGGGAAUAGAGAUUUGCAAAAGCCUUACGAUCCGAGAGCUGACGGAGUCGUCGAUAUGGGACCGAUGCUAUUUUUGAAUCACUUCUAUAAUAGCACGUAUAAUGGCAAUCAUGAAACGUACGACUUAUCCGGAGGGACUGAUAUUGGAGAUGCUGGAGGUGAUGGGGAUUGUGGUGGUGAUGGUGGUUGCGACUGAGAUUUUAUUGAAUACAGCGAUGUAUUGAACCAAUUUUUAAUACACAACUUCAUAGGACUUUUCGUACUGUACAAAAUGCAUAAAAAAACUUUAUGAAAGAACUGAGUAUCACGUACAAACGUAACUGCCUUCUUCCCAACUUCUCAUAAAAAAUGUUGAAAAAAAAACAAACAUGAGUAACUCCAACGGCAAUUCAUUGAUACGGGUGAAACUGAAUGAAUUUUUGUAAAUUUGUAAUAGAGUUACUGUAUUUUUUAUGUUUUCAAUAAA